AGUGUAACAUAACAUGUUAAUGUUUCACUCUUCUUCUUCUUCUUCUUCUUCUGAAUUUCAAUUUCAAUUUCAAUCUAAAUCUCAAUGUACCAAAUCAAACCCACCACCACGACAACAACCUUCUUCUCCCACUUCACCCCAAAAUGCAACCAGCCAAGCUUCAAUCUUCUCAUUCACCCAAACAGCACUCUCAAAAUCAGAAUCAUCGCUUCCUCUUUCCACCGUUCAAUUCCCGACUGGGCCGACGCAGUGAAGGAACGCGGCGUUCAGAAGAAGCGGAGCCUCUACACCCACGUCGACUGGCGCAACCACCGCAGCUCCCUCCGCCACCUCCGCCACGUCCUCUCAAGCCUCUCCUCGCGCGUCAUCCUGUCCCUCGUACCUCCAGUACUCUUCUUCACCGCCUUCGCUGCCGCCAUCGCCGCCUACAACUCCGCCCUACUCCUUCACCUCCUCCCGGACUUCCUCCCCCUCCUCCGCGCCUCCUCCCUCCCCUACCAGCUCACCGCCCCCGCCCUCGCCCUCCUCCUCGUCUUCCGCACCGAAGCCUCCUACGCUCGCUUCGUCGACGGCAAAAAGGCUUGGACCAAACUCAUCGCCGCCACGCACGACCUCGCUAGCCACGUCAUCGCCCUCCGCGACUUCGACAUUCCCGUCAAGAACGCGCUUCUUCAGUACAUCAUCGCCUUCCCCAUCGCGCUCAAGUGCCACUUGUUGUAUGGUUCAGAUGCUAGGAGAGAUCUUCAACAUGUGCUAGAAGUCGAUGAUCUAGCAGUUAUCAUGAAUUCGAAUCAUCGACCUCGCUGUGUUAUUGAGUUUAUGUCACAUAGCAUUCGCCAGUUGAAAUUGGAGGAUUCUAGAAGAAACUUACUGGAAUCCAAGAUCUCUUGUUUCCAUGAAGGAAUUGGCAUAUGUGAACAACUUAUGGGCAUUCCCAUUCCUUUAUCGUACACUCGCUUGACCUCAAGGUUUCUUGUCUUGUGGCAUCUGACACUACCUAUCAUACUUUGGGAUGAUUGUCAUUGGAUUGUGGUUCCUGCUACCUUUAUUAGUGCUGCCUCUUUGUUUUGCAUUGAAGAAGUGGGAGUUCUUAUAGAGGAGCCAUUUCCAAUGCUUGCACUUGAUGAACUCUGCCAAAAGGCCCAAAAAGACAUCCAAGAAGCCAUUGCAACUGAAAAUUUAAUUCAUGCACACCUUGUUGCAAAACAGAAGAGCCACUCUAAAGAGCAUUCACCAAAUGGCUGGCCUACCUCAUAGAUGAAAGGGAAACCUUACUGUGAAUGUCUUCAACUUUUGCUAAUGAGGUGGCUCUGUACUCUAUGUGGUAUUUGUAUAGCCUAAUUGAUUAUGGUUAGGAAUUAUACAAUAUGGUGUAUGUCUGUUUUCGUGGUGGCUAACUGUCUAUGGUGGCUAGCUGUAUACACGCAUUCACACAGCAGAAGCUACUCUAUGUUGCAUCAAUCUGAAUCUACGUCCAAGCAGAAUAAAUGUCAAUCCAAACAUGUAGAUAAUCACUCAUGAUGACUGUGCUAAACCUGUACCAGUUUGGUAAUAUCUUCAAGAAAUUGCCUCAAAUACGCCUCAAUGGUGCUUUUGGAAUGUAUUCUGCUCAGAAAGUGCGGGUCUGUAUAUAUCAUCAAUUCAUAAUCAUGUAAGUAUAAACUAAUCAAAUUCAGGGCUGGGCUUCACUUCUAUUAUCUAUGUACUUCUAGCAUUAAUCGUAGGUUCUAAUAGGCAUUUGCUUUCUGUUCGGCAUGUAUAUCAGAAAUCGUAUAAUGAAUCACGAGUAACUUUUUAUGUAAGAGGAUCCCUUUAUCCAAGGCUGGGUUCUAUUU